GGAGGGGCUGGAGGACUGGAGGCGGGUUUUGGCCCUAGUGGGUUGCGAGCCUCCAGCGAGCCUCAUCUGACCAGAGCGGGAGUUUCCGGUGCCUCGCGCUGGCCUUUGGAGGAAAAUGAAAGUGAAAGGGGCAAGAGGGGACUUAGAGAGCGCAGCGCCAUGAAGCCUCUGCCCCUGCUCAUCGCUGUGGCUUUGGGCCUGGUGCCCGCCGUCUCUGCUGGGCUGGAGGCGAUUGAGUGCUGGUUCGUGGAAGAUGCAGGUGGGGGUGCCCUGAACAAGAAACCUGCCACAUUGCUGCUGCGCCAGGGACCCAGGGGCCCCCCACCCCGGCCAGACCUUGACCCUAAGCUGUACUUGAAGGUGGAUGACCGAGCAGGGAUGCUCCUGGCUGCCUUCAGGCGGUACCCCUCGGGCGCCCCCGCACCACACUGCGAGAUGACCCGCUUCAUCCCGUUCCCCGCCUCAGCGAACUGGGCUAGACAUCUGAUCUCGCAGCAGAGCUGCCCGCGGGCCCUAGACGGGGAUUGGCUGAUGGUCAGCGUGUCCAGCACUGUCUUCAGCCUCUCUAGCCUGCUGCGACCACAGCCGGAGCCUCUGCGGGAGCCCGUCCUCAUCACCAUGGCAACAGUGGUGCUGACUGUGCUCACCCACAGCCCCGCCCCUCGGAUCCAGCUGGGAAAAGAUGCAGUGCUGGACCUGAGCUUUGCGUACAUGCCCCUCGCUCCGGAAGAUGCUCCGUCUCCGGCUACAGGUCCCCCUCCCUUUGGGCUGGAGUGGCGACGCCAGCACAGGGGAAAAGGUCACUUGCUGCUGGCUGCGACUCCUGGGCUGGUUGAAGAAAUGCCACCAGCCCGAGAAAAGGCUGUAGCGUUUGCUGGUUGGGAUGACAAUGAGCCCUGGGGCCCAUGGACGGGGAACGGGACCUUCUGGCUGCCGGCUGUGAGACCGUUUCAGGAGGGUGCCUACCUGGCUACUGUGCACCUGCCCUAUCUGCAGGGACAGGUCUCCCUGCAGCUGACUGUGCACAAGUCCCCCAAAGUGUCUCUGACCCCAGCACCCCUCGUGUGGGCUGCCCCGGGAGAGGCACCCCCGGAACUGCUCUGCCUCGUGUCCCACUUCUACCCUGCGGAGGGCCUGAAGGUGGAGUGGGAGCUCAGAGGUGGUCCGGAAGGCGGUUCCAGAAAGGCCGAGGGGGAGAUGUGGCUCUCCACCGUCCGCCACCAUUCUGAUGGCUCUGUCAGCCAGGCCGGGCACCUGCGGCUGCCCCCAGUCACUGCCCAGCAACAUGGAGUCCGCUAUGCCUGUCGGGUCCACCACCCCAGCCUGCCAGUAUCCGGUCGCAGUGCUGAAGUCACCCUGAAAGUGGCAGGCCUCUCCGGACCCUCAGUCGAGGACAGCAUCGGCCUGUUCCUGUCCGCUUUCCUCCUCCUGGGACUCAUCAAGGCACUAGGCUGGAUGGCUGCUUACCUGACCAUUGGUGAAGACUCAAAGGUAACAGCUGCCAGCCUGGACUCAAAGAAGUCAGAGUAAAGACACUCAAUUCAGUGGAUGCCACCUUCUCCUUUGCUCCAAAUGACUCCAGGAGCUCCUCCCCUAAACAGCAUCCCUUCAAGUCAUCUACUCCCUCCGUCCAAUGGCUGGGUUUUUCUGUAUCUUACUUUUGUUGUUGUUUUGUUAUUGUUUUUAGCCUUGGCUAGCUUGGGUCUCACCAAACCAACCAGGCCAGCCUUGAAGUCCCAGAGAUCCACCCGCCUCUGCCUCUGGAGUAGCAUUGGCCACUUUGCCUCGGUGACUGGUUUUCCUUUUGUUCUUUAAAGACACAUCUAGUGUUCUUAAGCUUCUAGGGCAGUGGUUCUCAAAAAGAUGGGUCCUGAUACAUGUUAAGAAUGACCAAGAAGCCCAAAAAGGUUUUGUUAUGUGGGCUACAGCUAUUGAAACUAAAAUUAAAAAACAAAACAAAAAAACCCAAGAUAUAUACCACACUCCGGAGGUAGAGGCAGGUGGAUCUCUGAGUUUCAUGCCACCCUGAUCUACAAUAGGGAGUUCCAGGUCAGCCAGGGUGCGGUUCUGUUGAGAGAGCUAAACACAAGAAAAUACAAGCAUGCUGGGUGGUACUGUGGUGGCCCACACCUUUGAUUCCAGCACUCGGGAGGCAGAGGUUCGAGGCUAGCCUGAUAUACAGAGCGAGUUCCAGGAUAGCCUCCAAAGCUACACAGAGAACCCGUGUAUAAUUAUAUCAUACACACUCUGCAAUCACAGAGUCACAGGGUCAAGAAGCACCACUGUAUGCUCUAGAGCAGUGGUUCUUAACCUGUAGGUCAGGACCCCUGUAAGACCGUUGGGAAUAUCAGAUAUCUACAUUAGAAUGUAUAACAGCAGCAAAAGUAUAAAGUAGCAAUGAAAAUAAUUUUAUGGCUGGGCUCACCACUAUGAGAAACUAUUAAAAGGGUCGUAGCAUUAGGAAGGUUGAGAACCACCGCCUGGAUAAUUACAAUGACUAAGGGAUCAUAGCAUCUUAAUGUCCGGGGCCCCUGGGACAGGUCACCACGGUCCCGGUGUGUCCCAUAACCGACUACUGCCUACCUCGCCAGCUCUCCUCGCAUGCCACAGCGCUCCCUCUCUCUACCCUCACCGUCUCUGGGGUCCAGUCCUGAUGGGCCCCCGAGUGUCCCGGUCGUGCGGUUCACCGGCCAUACUUAAAGGAUGUCGGUCCUCCCCCGCCGCCGGGCACCGGUCUGGUUGUGUGCCAAUAAAGUUUUUCCGUGCGA